UCCGUCCCGCCGCUGCCCCGGCUGCUGCCCCAGGCCCGGCCCGGCCCGGCCCGGCCCGCUCCCUUGCGGCUGCCCUCCGUUCUCCGCGUCAAUGCGGCACCGCCGCCCCGCGGCCUGCCCCGGCCAUGGACACCAGCGACCUGUUCAUCAGCUGCAAGAGAGGGGACGUGAGCCGCGUGCGAUACCUUCUUGAACAGCGAGAUGUGGAAAUUAAUGUCCGUGAUAAAUGGGACAGUACACCUCUGUAUUAUGCUUGCCUCUGUGGACAUGAGGAGCUUGUACGCUAUCUCCUAGCCAAUGGAGCAAAAUGUGAGGCAAACACUUUUGAUGGGGAACGUUGUUUGUACGGAGCUCUGAGCGACGCCAUCCGCCGCCUGCUGAAGGAGUACAAGCAGAUCACAGCCAAGUGCAUGAAGAGAGACUACUAUGAUGUCUUCCUUCAGAGGUUGCUGGAGCAGGGUUACCAAAGUGACAUUGUUUUCAUUGUUCAUGGCAAAUCCUUCUGUGCCCACCGCUGCAUUCUCGGUGCUCGCAGCGCCUACUUUGCUGAAAUGUUUGAAACCAAAUGGAAAGGGAAGAACAUGAUAGUGCUGAAGCAUCCACUGAUUAAUCCAGCAGCCUUUGGCUCUCUUCUACAGUAUCUGUACACAGGUCGUCUUGAUAUCGACGUAGAAUAUGUAAAUGAUUGCAAGAGGUUGGCCAAGCAGUGUCGGCUGCAGGACCUCAUAGAUGAUUUGGAGACCAAAUGUAAAAAAGUCUAUGAAUUUGUCUCUUCCAAGCCAGGGACCUGUGUGAAAGUGCUGACGAUUGAGCCCACAGGUAACUGCCGGCUGCAGGAAGAUCUGGCUCUCCUGGCAGACUGCGCCUUGCCGGCCGAACUGCGGGUUGGCUUUGGGGAGUUGCCGUUUGACAGCACCGACAACUUUGAUAGUUGUCCUGAUGUGUGUUUCCGGGUGGCGGGUUACAACUUCUUGUGCCAUAAGGCAUUUUUCUGUGGUCGCAGUGAUUAUUUCAAAGCCCUCCUUGAAGACCAUUUCAGUGAGAGUGAGGAGCUGCAGGCACAGCCCAGCAUCCCUGUGGUGACCCUUCAAAACAUCUCAGAAGACAUCUUCAUCCGGGUCCUCUACUACAUCUACAGUGAUGAUACAGAGCUGUCCCCAGAAAACGCCUACGAGGUGCUGUGCGUGGCAGACAUGUACCUGCUGCCUGGGCUCAAGCGCCUUUGUGGCAGAACCUUGGCCCAGAUCCUUGAUGAGGACAACAUUGUCAGCAUCUGGAGGAUUGCAAAGCUGUUCCAGCUGACCCGGCUGGAGGACCAGUGCACAGAGUACAUGGCAAAGAUCAUCGAGAAGCUGGUGGAGUUGGAGGAGUUUGUGGCUGCUGUGAAGGAGAACGCCGAAGCCGUGGAGGAACGGCAGGAGACCGACUCCAUCCCCCUGGUCGAUGACAUCCGCUUCCACAUCACCAGCAACGUUCAGACUUACAGUGCCAUCGAGGAAGCCAACCAGAAACUUGAAGCUCUGGAAAACCUCCUGGCCAGUAUAGGGCUUGAGUGCUAAUGUGUGCAAACCCUGCCUGUUGUAUGCAGCCUGCGUUGGCUUGGAGUGCAAGAACAUCCCAGUCUCUGAAUGUCUCUCUCCUUCUUUGUCCUCCUUCCCAUCCACUUUCAGGCAUGGUUUUGUUUUAAUUUAUUUGUAUCUGAACAUUUGCUGUCUGGUUUGUGUUUGGUUUUACUUUGUUUUUUGUUUUCCUUUCAGAAGUAGCUCUCAAAGCUCAUCCCAGACAAGUAGCUGCUCCUUUGUACAACACAAUACAGAGAGGAGACUGCAAGCUGUUGGGGGUGGAAAGGGAGCUGUUCUGGGGGACUUGUCAUUGCCUGGUGUUAGGACCCAUCCUGUUCUGUUGCCCAACAACAACACACUCUGAAACUGGUUCAUGCCAGGAUAUUAUUUGAACUGUCAGCAGCAGAGGAGGAAAUCUGGAUUAAGCUUUCCAAUAAGUAUAUUGGAAUGAGGGUGGCCUUUCUUUCACUGUCAGCUUUAUAAGAUUGGCAAAACUGGUCAGUGCUUCCCUAACAGGGACACAGGAGUACUUGGCUGUGGAAGGCACUGUUGUCACCUGCUAUUCUAGUUCUUAGAUGAAGGAAAAAAAAAAAGUCCUUUCCAUGUCUUCCCUGGCUUUUUAUUGCUUUGAAGUGCUCAGAACUUAAAAGCUUUCCUUUCUGAACAAACAUCUUUGAGAAUACAGUACAGGCCAGAGUCCUUCCAUUCUUAGAAAGCAGUAGCUUUCGAUGCAUAAAAAAGGGAGAACAUCCCUUUUCUUCCUAACAGGGGAAGAAAACACCACCUUCUUGGAAUCAGCACUUUUCCCUUUCUUUUUGUCCUCUGUGGUAGAGCAAAACUGACUUGCUGGUGGGUCAGGGAAGAGGAGUCACCAGAAAUCUCUUUUUUUAAAAAAAAAAAAAAAAAAAAAAAAGGAAAAGGGGGGGUUUUGGGUCUCACACAGGGCAGCUGUCCCACUCAUUGACCUUCUGGCUUUGCUUAGCCUCCAGCCUCAUAGCUUCAUUGUUCUCCAGGAAAUUCACUGUUUGUACUAAUGAAUGUUUUUGAAUCCAUGUUCUGCAGUAGGUCACGUUAUCUCAUGUUGUCUCCCUGGACUCCUAAUGAGGGUAAUGAUGAUCUUUGUCCUUGGCACCAGUCAGCAGGCAAUACCCCUGCAGAAAGCUUGCCUUGCCAAACAGGCUGCUCUCAGAGCUGUUCAUCUCCAGAACUGCAUGUUCUGAGGGUCACAGGUGCCCAAGGCACAGGCUGGGUGUACUUUGCCAUUCUACAAGCUAGGAGGGACAAGAGGGAUUGUGUAAAGCACACAGAAUCUUGCACAGGCAGUGAGCUUCCAUUGCUAAUGCAGAGCAUAAUUUUGGUCACUUUGUGAGUCAAAAGCUUGAAAUAAUCCGUAUCAGGUGUCCUUUUAGUGUUUGAGGUGGGAACUGGGCAUGGAUGGUGCUUCACAUGAUGAGGGAAAGGAUUUAGAGAGGCAUUGAUUAUCAGGGACUUGCUUCAGGGUGUGUAUGUUCUGGGAGGGUGGGUGGGUUUCUUUUUGCUAAUCUCACCAAGGGUGAGAGACUGAUGCUCCCACACCAGAACUGCAGAACUGCAGCCUCAGUGCCCCUGCUCAGAGCAUCUGCCUGUGUCUGGCACACAUUUGAGCUCUUUGCAUUGUAGGUGGGCAGGCUUUGGGCACCACUUGCACUAGGCAGGCUGGGUUUGAUUGCAGUGAGGAGGAGGCAGUGGGAUUAGGCCACUGUACUCAAGAGAAGCUGGACUUUUGCAAAAUCGUGUCAAGAUUGAGUUGCACUCAGCAGAAGCUGGGGACAGAGCUGGUGAGGUGCAGUGAGGUGCAUUGGCUUAACUGGACCCCAGAUGCUUGUGUUUAACUCAUUUCUCUUGCAGGACAAGUCUCUUUGGAGCAGGGCUAUUCAAGCAGGGUGUACUUCACUUCUUUUGUUUUGAAGUGCUUGUGAGGAAGUGCAAGGAGUUCUUGUGGUUUGUUUUUUGCAGACAUUUUGAGGUGAGGGAAGAGGACAUGACCAUACAGGGCUGUGUUGCUGUAUGGAAGCCAGGAGCAGCAGGAGUGUGCUUCUGUUUGGGGUGGUGAUGUGGAGAGGAGCUAUGUGCCUCUUGUGUGUUUUGUGGAAUGUGCCUCCAGGUCCAUCUGUAAGCUUGGUGUGGCUUUGAUAGGAUCACCAAAGAGCCCAGCACAACUUGAACUGAUAAAGGUGUCUCAGUGGGCUUGAGGAGGGGAAAAGCUACUGAGAAAACUUUAAUAUUAAGUCCCAUAUACUUUGGAGAAAGAUGAGUGAAAGCAGAAUUGUCUAUUCUCUUGCUCAGUGGAGUGUCAGGCUUAUGAAAGCCUGCUACAGAAACAACCAACAGUUUAACUCAGCUGGUUCAGGCCCCCUGUGCUUCUCCUCCCUGUAUGGCUGAAGAUGAAGCUGAACACAUAAGCAGGAUGUUUAGUUUAUCACAUCCCUCUGCUCCUCCUGCCUAAAUUCCACAUCUGACAUCUUAGUCAGUUUUCCACAGCGGUGGUUGUGACAGCCCUGGGCAAGGCUUGCACGGAGCUGCCAGAGAACAGAACGUGGCCUUUGCCUUCUGCUUGUACUGAGUGAGAUGCAGAAACAGGAUUACUGAGGAAUCUGCUAAUGCUUUUCUCUGCAGAUGCCUCAGCUGCUAAAGCAAAAUGGACACUGGUAGUGGGCAAAGCAGGAGGAAGGCAGAGGAGGGGCAGCAGUGAUGGGAAGUGUUUUCCAUAUGGCUGCUCUUGAAUAAUUCCAUUCCUGCAUCCUUAAGCAUGGAGCAAGUGAGCCUGCAGUUGUACAUGUGGGAGGAAAGGUCAGUGUGGCCUUUUGAUCUGUCUCCCUGCUAGCACAGCUCCACCUGGGCUGCCAGGCAAGUGCCUCAUCAGUCUGCCUGUGCUUAGUGGUCACAUCUGUGAGGCGCUUCAGAUUGUGCAAUUACUGGGGGUCCUUUAACCCUCCCCCCAUCCCUUUUGGCAAAAUAGGGCUAUCAAAAAGCAUGCAUAAGAAGACGGUCAGCAUGCAGGCAAGCUCUCUAAGAUGAGCCAGAUCAAAACUUCGAUUUGAAUUAACUUUAUUCUUGCUGCAAAUAAUUUUAUCACAGAAUAAAAAUCUUUUUAUUCGUCUUCUGUUGCCAGUGUCCUUUUUGUGUUCUGUUGCCUCUGUCCUUUUCGUUUACUACUGGACACUUGUUAAUUUAAGAAGAUUGUAAAAUGUAUCAGAGCAACAUAUUUAAGAGGAAAUGUGUAAGCAUGUGUGCAGCAAUAAAGUAGUAUAUUUCACUGUA